CCAACUAUCUCAUCCAUCCAUCCUCACCCGCACCGCAUCACCUGCCGCAUCCAUUCCGAGCCGACUAUACCAUAUUUCUCACAGAAUUUCUCAAAAUUCGAAAAAUUUUCAAAAUUCAAAGUUUUCAUCCCAUUAUUUCAUUAUAUUUCUACUCCCACUCCCACUCAUUCAUUCUUUACGACUCUCUCGGUCGUCGAUACCGUACUCUUUCCGAUGCAUCUUUUUUAAGAGAAGACUUCUGCUCCAGCAGAAGGAGUAGUGGGAGUUGUACAUAAAUAAUUGUAACUCUAUUGUAAUUGUAACUCUAUAAAGAAAGAAAUCCAAUCUUUGUGAGCAUGUCUUUUGUUGAGAAACCGAGGUCCAACCAUCCCAGCCCUCACGAUACGAUGCAUGUACAUCAGAUCAGGCAACGUUCCAUCUCCUCUCUGCGAGUAGUAAAUAGUCGUCGUUGUUAAGAACUUUUAAACGAGGAGUCUCACAACCACCCAACGAAAACCAACCCUGUUUGUUCUCAAAGCGAUCCUGCUUAAGUGAGCAGUCAACUCGCCUCAUUCAUUAUUGGUUUAGAUGCCAAACGAUUCACACCUCAACCACAAAAAUAUAUUACGACCUGAUACUUCACAGAAAGUAAUUAGUUGCCCAUUGUGAAAAUUGGAGAAAUGAUAAAAAGUGCCUGGAAGCAAAAAUAUCACGUUUGUGCGACUUCAAUUCACGCAUUUUACAGUUAUUGUUCUUAAUCUAUGUAAUUGACAGGAAGAAAGUGAGACUUAAGUUGAAGACCUUGUGCUCAUCAUCGUCUUGUUUAAAGUGAAGUGAAUCUCAAAAGUGAUACUUAUUACGAAUAAUUAGCACUUAUUACUUGAGAGGGGUUCAACAGGGAAGUUGAGAUUUCUGUCGACACCGUCUUCUGCUGGACUCAUUUUAUCAAUUCAUGCUGGGGACGCCAGACAUGACUGUGACAAAUAUCGCAAUGAUGCGACCUUGCUUCACAGGGUAUCCGUUUGCUGAAACAGGACAAGGGCGCGUAAACCAGUUGGGGGGAGUGUUCAUCAACGGACGUCCCCUCCCAAAUCACAUACGAUUAAAAAUUGUGGAAAUGGCCGCGUCUGGAGUUCGACCAUGCGUAAUUUCCCGACAAUUACGAGUCUCCCAUGGCUGCGUGUCCAAAAUAUUGAACAGAUAUCAAGAAACGGGUUCCAUUCGUCCCGGUGUCAUUGGUGGCAGCAAACCUCGAAUCGCCACACCGGAUGUGGAGAAGAGAAUUGAAGACUAUCGCAAAGAAAACCCGGGUGUCUUCUCGUGGGAAAUAAGGGACAGAUUGAUAAAGGAAGGAAUAUGUGACCGAUCCUCUGCCCCUUCCGUUAGCGCGAUCUCCCGACUGCUCAGAGGUCGCGAGGGUGACGACAUGGACAAAAAACCUUCUUUGGAUGGUGACAAGAGCUCUGACGGAUCAGAUUGCGAAUCCGAACCUGGAAUUCCUCUAAAGAGAAAACAGCGUCGAAGUCGCACAACUUUCACGGCUCAUCAACUGGACGAGUUGGAAAAGGCGUUCGAACGAACCCAGUAUCCGGACAUCUACACAAGAGAGGAACUCGCACAAAGGACAAAAUUGACAGAGGCCAGAAUACAGGUUUGGUUCAGCAACAGAAGGGCCCGACUUCGGAAGCAGGUGACGAGUGGGAACGGGAGUAGUUACGGAAACUCGACGGGGAUGAGCAUCGGGCUUCCCGUUUACCCCACACCCACGUCGUCCUACGGCGUCCUCGCGUCCCACCACCCGCACCACUCCCUCCACGACUCCCACUUCGCGGCCACCCCUCAAAGUCCUACAGAUUUGUACUCAUCGAGUGGCGUCGGCAGUGUCGUGACUUCUCAGUCGCAGUUAAGCGGACUAAAUCCUUCAGGUUCUUCAAUGACCCCAAUGGCCUCCUCCCCCUCCAUGGGCACCAUGUCGAUUUCAAUGGGCUCGACAAAUGGGUCAAUGUCGUCACCAGUGAAUGCAACAAGCUCCUCAUCCGCUGCUGCUGCGGCCGUUGCGGCAUCCGCGUCGUAUGCGGCCGCCCUCGGAAAUUCUCUCAUGGGGUCGGCAUAUGGGGGCUCGCCCUCAUCGAUUUUGUCCUCACAGAUGGGAAAUGGCUCAUCCCAAUCAGGAGGACUUGGCAGUUACGGCGGUGGAAGUCAGGGUCACGGGAUGCAAGACGACAGCCACUGGGGCUCCCUGGGCGUAGGUGGUCGCUCUGGUAUGGCGUCAUCCCUCACUUCGUCCUACUACUCUCCACCAGGUCUCAUGGGUCCUGUUCCCCCUCGACAUCAAGCCUACUACGGUUGGUAACACCAGAACCGCCACGUUGUUCAUGUAGUACCCAAAAUUACUAAUUUAUAACCUGGAGGCACACCUACUUACUCUUCCAACUAGAUCUAGUUGUAGUUCAUUGCGUAACUGCAACCUAUGUGCUAUGAUUGAAGAAUUAGUGUAAAGAGCAUAAUGGACUCGUUUGAGAGCGAACGAGGAGGAGGACAACAAAGGUACUCAACUCAUCUAAUUUAGCAAACGGCACAAGUAUUAAAUACCCAAGAAAUGUUCAAUAGCUUUAUAUACUCACUCACUCUUCUGUGGGGUUAUUUGCUGCUAAGAAAGUAAGAUUUGAUUAUAAACACGGUUGCCUUAAGAGACUUGCCUUGUAUGUAAAACUGUUGCUGCUGUACGUACGUAGUUAUUGUGUUUCGUCUUACAUAACCCCUUUUAUGUUUGUUUGUUGUUAUUGAAACUUUAAUGCUACAAAUCUUAUGAAUACGACUAAAAUGCAUCGUUGCAGUGUUAAAAUGUGUAAUGUUUCGUCAUCAAGCAAUUAUUAUUGUAGUGAGUACAUAGCCUUAUAAUUAUAAGUAGUUAAUUGUAACUGCUGGAUAAUAUAGCUGGAUAAGUACAUACAUAAAAUAUUUAUAUUACAUACAUGACGACUACAUUUGUGUGGUUAUUAUAAACUUAAUGUAUACGAUUUUCGUGUCUAUUAAACUAUUUCGAUUAUAAUGGAAGAAAUUUUAACAA